AUGCAUGAGAUCAUGAGACGAUCUGCUGGAGUCAUGAAGCAAUCUGUUGCCCGCUUGCUGCGGCGGUCAGGAGAGGAGGCAGGAGGAAGCGAAACGCUACGCAGGCUGGAACGACUGCGACUGCGACAGGAACGCCAUACGCAGGCUGGUUAUCUGUCGCAGUCCGAAUGCACGAGCAAGGGAGCACCGGAGCACCGGAAUACUGCGACGCGAGGCGUCGACGUGACUGCGAGAUCGCGCUUUGAAACUAGCCACUUGGGUGGUGGUGCGCGCAAAGUUUACGGUGAAGCAGUCUCCUUGGUUUCCAAUGUAAUGAGUGGCCAGUCUGCGCUGGCGUCGCCUUGCGAUAGUGUGGCAAGGCCAAGCAAGAGCUUAAGCUGGAGCUGGCGUGAUCAUGGAAAGAUUGAUUGCGGAGAGACUCUUGGAGUCCCCUGCGCCCCAGCAGCCCUGAGACCCUGGCUCCCUGCGUGCCCUGCUGCCCUGGGUGACCCUGUUACAGCAUACAGGCAAGGCUGCUCCCCUGCGCCCCCUCUCUUGCCUCUUGCCGGCCUCUGGUCGGAUGCGCACCUGACACCUCGUACUGCUCCUGCUCCUCCUGCUGCUCUCGACCUCACAUCCCUCGACAUCGUCUCCCUCCUCCUCUCUCCAGUCCGACGUCUCAUGUCAACACCGCUUUUCCUUUUCUCACCACCUCAUCUCAUCCUUCUUGCAUUCUCAUCACUCUCCAUCUCUGCUCCGCAUUCAUCCCCCUCGCCACCAUCACAAUCUCCCCUCCGGCUCUCCAUUCCUCGACCCCGACACCCCUCGCCGACUCCGAGACGAGACGCUCUUCCGACGUGA